CGAGGAAGCGAACGAUUAAAUAUUAAGAUAUUUUCUUUUAAUUGAUGGAAAAAAAGAAACAUAAAACUAUAUCUGAAUAUAGUCAGAGGAUCGACAGUACGGACAGGAAUGAUUGGCAACAUCUGACAGAUCCAGUUCUACUACAUAUCUUCUCUUAUCUGGACAAACAUGAGUUAAACAGCGUGUGUAGAACGUGCAAGAAAUGGUAUCGAAUAGCCCAGGAUGAAAGCUUAUGGAAAGAAUUAACGUACAGGAAUUUAGGAUGUCGUUACCCUCGACAUGACGUCAGCUGGAAAUCGGAAUUGAAGCGGCUGACUUACCAUGCCCCCAUCCAUCUUCAUCAAACGUGUGAGGGUCACCUGGAUGAAAUCUACUACGUCUGCUUUUCUAACAGCGGGAAAUUGAUAGCUACCUGUGGAGCAGACGGUAUUGUGAAGGUAUGGAAAUAUGGUCACACCACGGCGCUUUUACACUCCCGUCAAGUAGUGGAUACGCCGUCGUAUGCCAACUACGUGGAGUUCAAUGAAGCUGAAACGCAUCUAAUCAUGAACUGUAUGAUGAGAGAGGAUUCGGAGGAGGAAUCACAAGCCGCACUGGCCGUGCUCGCCAUUGAAAAAGGGCUUGCAGUGGUGGCGGCGAGGCAUUCGUGGUUCUCUUAUUUUAGAGGAACUUGGCUCACUAGCGACACUUUCCUUUUAGCCGAUGUGUCGACAUACUUUUUCUCCAAUGAUAAUGUGAAGUUAGUCAGUUGUAAGUUCUAUGAGGAAGAAUUAGAAAACCCGGAACUUUAUAAGCGUCCUCUUGUGGAAAAUCUAACGGAUGACAAUGUGGAAUUAUGGAGUCUAUUAGAAAUGAUAAACGAUGGGUAUCGACCCCAUUUAGUGAAGGUCAUUGAGUGGUCCAAAUGGAACCGAGAUUCUCCAAUCGAACGCAUGGCGUCUUCUCUUCCAGGGGAGAGAGUGGUGAUUAUCUACCAGCAGAGUCUGGAGUGGGACAUCGUGCACAGACUGGUGUUCUAUAAAGUGGACAUAUACUCGGAGACCCCCAGUGUUACAGAACCGAUCAAAAUAAUAAUGAUCAACAGCGAGUGUGUGGGAGUCAAUCUCUCAGCGGAUCACCGGUAUGCAGUGUACAACUCAAGAAGGAUUUGUGUAGACGGCUGGUACGAACAAGAUGUCGACACAAUGGUGAUCAAUUUAGCAAACAUUGGAGAAAAACCGGAGGUGUUUGAAGGAAACAAAUCUUUAGAAAAGUCAGCUAAACUAUUUUACCUUUUCCCUAGCAUUUCUUCUGAUUUCCUUGCAAGCGGAUCUGAACAAGAUGUUGCUUUUCUUUGGGAUCGUCAUUCGAAACACGUGAUCGCUACAUUACCUCAUACACUUCCGGAUGCGAAAAAUGGAGUGGGUGCUGUUGCCUUUCAUCCACAUGACCCGGAAGUCUUAAUUAGCGUAGCAGAUGAUUGCAGAGUUAGGAUUUGGACGUCCAAAAACAGGGAAAGACAAUUUAAGCUGCAGAGUGAUAUACCAAACUGUGAAUAAUAUAUUCACCUUACAUAGUGAUAUUAAUUAAUUUAAAUGAAUACUUGUUAGCAAUACGUUCUAUUUCCACUAUGGAAGAGUUAUAAUUCUUAGUGCGCUCUUUUGUGAAAAAGUCGGAGAAUGUACAAAUCUCGCGAGAUUUCUGGGACAAACGAAACAUAAACAUGUGAACAACACGUUGAAUGUCGAUGAACAAAUCCUAACAAAGUGCAUAUGAAAUAUUUUAUUGUUGUGGACUUUAUUUAAAUCAAGAGUAGAGAUGACGAGGAUAUUAAUUUACAUCUUUUGGUGAUCGUAUGUAUCUAUUUAUCGUAAUGGUACAUUUAAAGUCAAUACACAUACCUCGGAAAUGUCGUGUUUUUAAUAAUGGACGAUAAAGUUAGGGUUUUCGCUCUUUUUCAUAUGUCUUUUAGUUAAUCUAUUCUUUAGUUAGAACAACAAAUGCACUUAACAUUUAAAAUUGG